GGCAAUUAUAAAAUGCUUCAUAUAAAUAUUUCAGAUUGCUUAGAAUAUGAUAAGUCAUUAUAAAUGUGAUUGUGCCGCUAAAAAUGUACUGCCAGAUCUUAUUACUGCAAAACAUUCCAACUUAUACAUUGGCUGGGCUGGUCUUCUCAAGGAAUUCACUCAGGAGAGGCGGAGGUGGCUGGCGGAUACAGCUACACGGGGGAGCGCGCCAUCCGCACUUCCGUCCUCAACUCUUUUGCUUACGAUCGCAUGGCGCGGCCAAACGACUCCACGACCGCCCUCGUCGGCCUCAGCAUCCUCUCCCUCAACACACUGGAUAUGGAACAGCAGACAUUUGAAUGUACGGGUUUCUUCACCGUACUUUGGCACGACGAGCGGCUGCAGUGGAGGCCAAGCACCUAUGACGACACAGAGUACAUACACGCCCUCGAGACCGAGAUAUGGAAACCAGAAAUCAUCAUCACUAACGCACAAGAGGACGUGGGUCUGAUCAGUGACGACCACCUUAUCUACCGGAUCAAGUACACGGGCGAGGUCGAGUGGGAACCCCUUCUCUCACUCACGUCUGACUGUCUUAUGGAUGUGACGUAUUUUCCGUUCGACAAUCAGUCAUGCACAGUGGAGCUGAAUAGCUGGGGUCUUCCGGAAAGUGAACUGAGGCUGGAACCGCUCUGGACCUCAGUCCAAAUGACUUCCUUCAGGGAGGGCGGUUCGUGGAAGAUCGAAGGGACGUAUGUGGAACGGGGUGCAGUGACGGGUGACGUUCACAAUCAAUCGGUGACGUUCUCCCAACUAGUCUUCCGGUUUGACGUCCGCCGGAAGCCCGGGAACUACAUCUUCAACACCAUUGUCCCCAUGGUCGUGUCUUCAUUCUUAAUGACAUUCACUAACGUCAUACCUACCAAGUCUGGAGAGCGGCUGGUGUCCGGCUUCCUGGUGCUGGUCAUCAACACGCUGCUGCUCACCAUCUUCAUGCAGCAGAUCCCGGAUAUCGCCAUCACCACAUCUGUCCUCGGUCAAUACCUGAUAUCGUCGUUUUGUUUCGACUGUUUGCGGAUGGUCGUGUCAAUCUUCGUCGUGAAGUUGUACCAUCGGCCCACUCACCUGCGCGUGAACAUCGUUAUCCGCUUCUUCAUUCACAUCCUCCGCUGGUUCGUCUUAGCAAGGGGCCCAUACAGGCCACCGGAACCGGUUGUAGAGGAGGAUACGGUGUCGGUGUACAGCAUCCCGACGGACUAUCUCCGGAAAGUUGAGCGGACCGCCCGCCGAAACAACGCCGUUCACCCCAUCGCCGACGAGGACGGCUUCACCGAGCACGUCAAGGUCCGCGACGACCAACUUCCGCCCCUCGACCCUGGCUUCGAUCUGCACAUGUGGAAGGGGAAGAAGUCGAAGGUGGAAACCGAUGAAGGGACGGAUUAUAAAGUUCUUGAUAAUAACGAGAAGAAAACAAACACACAGAGUCCAAAAAUGACCUGGCAUUAUGUGGCAUUUGUUCUUGAUAGACUUAUUUUCGUCGCUUUUCUUUCGGUCAAGAUAGCGUUCAACAUUAAAAUAAUUGGGAGGUUGUUUGAAAAUAGUCGGUAAUCACUGGCUUUCCUGUGUCUGCGAUCUGUAAAUAUUUUUGUAGCCCGAAUGGUAUUCGGGCGUUAAUUGUUUUACCAAAGUGUGAAGACUGCGGAAAUGCAACUGCUACAGUACUUAUAAAAGUUAAAAAUAAGAUUAAAUCAACUUCAAAGAUAAAUAUGAAUGCAAAUUAUCGUAAUUUGUUCACUGUAACCCACCGGAGUAAUAAAGAAUGAUUAAAGCAUA